AACUCUGCCUGCAGCAGCAGAAACAACACGGGAGGGAGACCACAGCUACUGUCAAUCAUGGCAGGUGAUAUGAUGCUACUGAUGCGAGGCUUGGCCAAGUUGAGCCAGGCGGUUGUAGAGACUCAGGGCAGCACCAUGCGCAGUGGAACAGGGCUCCAAGGAGUUGGUGCUGCAGUCCAAACUGUCCAAUCGGCUGCUGAGCAAAGCCUCUCUGCCGCUAUGAUGGCAAUGCAGGGGCUGACUGGCCAGCAGCAGGCGUCUUUAUCGGAGUCCGAGUAUGACUUCCCCCAGGACGACAGUGCAUUCGCAGCUUCAGAGUUCAAGGGGGAAGAUUUGGACUUUGCAGUGGAUCAAACAGGAAGUAGUGACGGUUUCGCAGCCAGUCACAGCGCAGCAGCAGGAGCGAGCCAUGUCUGCGGCAAACAGUCGUUGUUUGAGGGUUACAAAGAUCCUAGCAAACAGUUUAGCGGACACACCAGAUCCUACCACCAAGACGCCAGACUCUUCUACAACCACAGUCUGAACAGGCAUUUUUGGGCACAGCUGUACUGUCGGCAUCAAGUCGGUCAGCUCAGGAGCUACCAUCAGGACCCGUCCACAGUCGGAGGGCUUACCGCCGAAGACAUCGAGAAAGCACGACAGGGCAAGAAGGUUGAGAUCAAAUCACACAAACAGAUGUUGAGCGAGAGAGCCAGAGAGAGGAAAGUGCCAGUGAGUCGGCUCAGCAGACUGGCCAACUUUGGAGGUCUAGCUGUAGGUUUGGGGAUUGGAGCACUGGCAGAAGUUGCCAAGAAGACCAUUAGACACAAUGGUACAGCAGGUGAUAAUAAGAAAGGCGUCCUGGACUCCAGCCCCUUCCUGUCCGAGGCCAACGCCGAACGCAUCGUCAGGACCCUGUGUAAAGUCAGAGGAGCUGCGUUAAAGCUGGGACAGAUGCUCAGCAUUCAAGAUGAUGCAUUCAUCAACCCUCAACUCGCCAAGAUCUUUGACCGAGUACGACAGAGUGCUGACUUCAUGCCGAUCAAGCAAAUGACAAAAGCGCUGAACAGUGACUUGGGUCCUAACUGGAGAGACAAGCUGGAAUCGUUCGAGGAUCGUCCGUUUGCAGCGGCGUCCAUCGGCCAAGUUCACCUGGCGAAGAUGAAGGACGGCAGGGAGGUGGCCAUGAAAAUACAGUACCCCGGUGUGGCUCAGAGUAUCGACAGCGAUGUCAACAACUUGAUGACGGUGCUGAGUAUCAGCAAUGCCCUUCCUGAAGGUCUGUUUCCAGAGCACCUGAUAGACGUGAUGAGGAAAGAGCUAGCAUUAGAGUGCGAUUAUGUUCGAGAGGCCCAGUGUGCAAAGAAAUUCAAGGAGCUAUUAAAAGACCAUCCGUUCUUCUACGUACCAGAGGUGAUAGAUGAGCUGUGCGGUAGCCACGUCCUGACCACAGAGCUCGUCCCCGGGUUUCCCCUCGACCAGGCCGAGAGCCUCACACAGGAACUGAAGAACGAGAUCUGUCACAACAUCUUGUUGCUGUGCCUCAGAGAGCUGUUUGAGUUCAGGUACAUGCAGACCGACCCGAACUGGUCCAACUUCUUCUACGAUCCCCAGACACACAGGGUGGCGCUGUUGGACUUUGGAGCCACGAGAGGAUUUGACAAGAGUUUCACAGAUGAUUACAUAGAGGUAAUCCGUUCAGCUGCCGAGGGCGACAGAGAGGGAGUUCUGAAGAAAUCUAUCGGUAUGAAAUUCCUGACUGGAUACGAGUCCAAGGCGAUGAUAAGCGCUCACGUGGACGCAGUGAUGAUCCUCGGCGAGGCCUUCACCUCGGACACCUUCAAGUUCGGCUCCCAGUCCACCACGGAGAGAAUCCACAACCUCAUCCCCGUGAUGCUCAAACACCGGCUCACCCCGCCUCCCGAGGAGACGUACUCACUCCACCGCAAGAUGGGCGGCUCCUUCCUCAUCUGCGCCCGGCUGAACGCACAGCUGCAGUGCAAGGACAUGUUCCACGAGGCGUAUCAGAAGUACUGGAAAGGCCGCACGCCGCCCUCCCACUCAGCCUGAGCUAAAGUGUCAGGUGAUUUUUGGAGGACAGAUCCUGGGGCCAAGCGGCAAAAGUCCAAGUCGUGUCGAGGUCGUGGUGAGAAGACGCACAACUGCAGAGCGGAGGCCACGUAAAAAACGCACUUAACUGGUCUGCCAGCAGCAGAUUAUCUCUCCCAUUCUGGGCACCCCACUACCGUGAGCUUUCUGACAGGCACUUAUUUGUAAUUUCAGCCAUCAUUUGUUUUGUGUGAGAGGGAGCAGCGAUGCGGCGUCUGGAGAGCGUUAAGACCGACCUCUAAAUAUGGCCCGGAGAGGACAGAACAGACUUGAGGUGGUUGGAAGGAGAGGGAGACAAACAGCCUUGCGUUUAGCAGAUGAGGUGUAAAAUGAAUGUUAACAGGUUGAGAUUUUGUCUCUUUUCUGAUGUUUUUCAAGAUGAUUCUUGCGUUUGUGCUUUGCUGUGUUUUUUUGUGGAGUUUUUGGGCAUCUGUCCAGUUUGCCAGAAAGGUCAUGGGUGAAAAUAUGAAAAAUUGAUUGUAUUAAGGAAGAGGACUGAACUCUAAAUGUAAACCUGCAGUCAUAUGGUCAGUGUGAGUCACAGGAUUGGCCAGGACCAACAUAACUGGGAAGUUUGGUUAGAUUGGAUAUCAAUCAUAUUUAGACAGCUAAAUAAAUGCAACAGUUUUUGAUGAGAGCUAAAUUAUUUGUCAAGAUGUUGCCCAGUUCAGGUUCAUAUAUUCAUUUGUAUGAACUGGAAUUUGUCAGCGUUCACACGCAAAGAAAGGCUGACUUUUAACUUGUGUAUUUACUGCAUCAGUGUAUUCAUCCAGAUUUCUGUUGCUGUUUAUGACUUUUAGCAUUUUUAGGGAGACAUUCUGUGGGCAGAGAGUCUGUUUAAAGUGACCAUUAACAUGACUUUAAGGAUCUAUAUGUUAAACAAACCUCAUGUUAAAGAGUGAUUUUACUAAGUUUCUGUGGAUGAAAAUCUAUAUUUCUAUCUAGCUUUUUUGUUUAGUUCCAAAGCAUUUAUCCCAUAAACUUCUACGUCCAAAAACCAUAUGAAUCCAUAUUUCUCACUGUAAGAACGACCGAGCACAUCAACCUGCGCUCAGUCAUGAAUGUUAAUGAACUGGCGAGAUGGAAGAAGCUCAUCCUGAUAUCGCACAAGCUCAGCUCGUGGGCUCACCUGGUUUUCCAACACGUCGGUAAUCUCUCCACGCUUUUUCCUCGGGUGUGAAAUCCUCCCGUCACCUGGCUGGUGUGCAACUGUGAAACUUCUCUCUACUCUGCUGUGUGAAAUACAGUGAUAAUGGUCUCUGGUGUGAAGCUGAAGAAAAAAUGGUUAAAAAAAAAAGAAUAGAGAAAAAUAAAUAAAAAUCAAGGUGCCUGUAGUCUCCAGUGGAAGGCUUUUAGCUUUAAAUGUCAACUUUAUAUUUCAUGUCAAGACUCGGUGAGAUGAGGGUUUAAAUUUUCUAAUCAAGCUGAAAGUUGUUCUAAAGAUAUUGAAUGAAAAGAGUAAAUGUUUGAUCUAUACUUGU